AUGAACCGAGCCAAAAUAGCUAGAGGAACACAAGCCACGAUCCGUCACUUAUCUCGUGGCAUUUCAACGCACAGGACAAUACCUCUUAUCAUAAACGGCAAAGACGUCAUUUCCAAAACCACCUUUGAAGCCAUCAGCCCACUUACGUGUAAAAAGGCCUCGGACUGCUCAUCCGCGUCGGAGGAACAUGUCCAAAGCGCCGUUGCCGCAGCGCAGGCGGCAUUUCCAGCAUGGGCGACUACGAAGCCAUCAUACCGGCGGGACAUAUUCCUUGCAGCCGCAGAAAUCAUGACCAAGCGAAGGGAAGAGCUCGGGGAGUACUUGAACCAGGAAAUCGGAGCGGACCAAGGCUACCAGGACUUCAUUAUCGGCCUGUCCAUCGAGGGCCUCAAAGACACGGCAGGCAGGAUCGCCGGCGCAUGCCAGGGUUUUGUUCCCGAGUCGGUUCACGAGGGAAUGAAGGCCAUGGUUGUCAAACGACCAUACGGCGUCAACUUGGGCAUCGCCCCAUGGAACUCCCCCUAUCACCUUGGCCUUCGCUCCGUCACGUUCGCCCUGGCCACGGGAAACACGGCCAUCCUCAAGGGAGCAGAGCUCUCCCCUCGCUGCUACUGGGCCAUAGCGGACGUUUUCCGACAAGCCGGCCUCCCUGACGGGGUGCUCAACCUGCUGUUCCACCCGCCGGCUGAUGCGGCGGCAGUCACAGAGUCCCUUAUAGCCCAUCCCGACGUCAAGAAGAUCAACUUCACCGGCAGCACAAAGGUCGGCAGCAUCCUGGCAGCAUCUGCGGGGAGACACCUCAAGCCCUGCUUGAUGGAGCUUGGCGGCAAGGCCAAUGCCAUUGUGCUCAAGGACGCGGACCUGGACAAGGCAGCGGUCCAAUGCGCCAUGGGGGCUUUUAUGAAUGCCGGCCAAAUUUGCAUGUCCACCGAGCGCAUCCUAGUAGACGCCUCUGUGGCGAGAGAGUUUGAGCCCAUCUUGAAGCGCACCAUUGAUGAUAUUUUCGGGACGGCUGUGGCCACACCGACCUUGGUCACGUCCGCGUCGGCGGCGCGUAACCGGGCUCUUGUCGAGGACGCUGUCUCCAAGGGAGCCACGAGCCUGGACAUUUACUCUGAUCAGCUUGGAGAGAUGGUCGAGACGAGGAUGCGGCCCGUUGUUCUGACCAAUGUCGACGAGUCGAUGGAAUUGUACGGCGGGGAGUCAUUUGGGCCCAGCGUGUCCCUGUAUUCCUUCGACUCGGAAGACGAGGCUAUCCAGCUGGCCAACGAUACCGAGUACGGUUUAACGGCUUCGGUGUUUACUGAGAAUCUCGGAUCUGGCUUCCGCAUUGCUGAGAAGCUCGACUCGGGCGCGGUGCAUAUCAACUCCAUGACGGUGCACGAUGAGUAUUCUUUGCCGCAUGGUGGAGUUAAGAAGAGCGGCUGGGGUCGGUUUAAUGGGCAUCAGGGGCUGAAUGAGUUCCUGUACUGCAAGACGGUGACUUGGAUGGACUAG